UAACAGCGGCCGCAUUUGAACCAAACCCGAAACGUUUUAAAUUCAAGUUGUUUCUUCUAAAGUUAUAAAUCAAUUGUAAUUGUAUAGAACUUAGUGAAGAAACACUUCUGAAAAUCAAAAUGUCGCUGCUUAUAAAGGCCUCGGCUGUAUCUCGGCAAAUCAUUUCUAAGUCAACCCACUUGCAGCAGCAGGUGCGCCAUCUCAAUCUUCUGGAAUUCCAAAGCAAGGAUCUAUUACAAAAAUAUGGUGUGGCUAUACAACAAUUUAAGGUCUUGGAUAACUCCAAGGCAGAUGCUGAAUUGGUCAAGAAAUUUGAUUGCCCCGAAUAUGUGGUGAAGGCACAGAUAUUGGCCGGUGGCAGGGGAAAGGGAACGUUUGAUAAUGGUUUCAAAGGCGGCGUACACAUAACCUCAAACAAGAGCGAAGUACUUUCGCUGAGCCAACAGAUGAUAGGGAAUCGACUGAUAACAAAGCAGACACCAAAAUCGGGCAUAUUGGUCAACAAGGUGAUGGUGGCGCGUAGCGUGAAUAUAACUCGUGAAACUUAUCUCUGUAUAUUGCUGGAUCGUGAGCACAAUGGACCCGUACUGAUUGCCUCACCGGCUGGUGGCAUGGACAUUGAGGCCGUGGCCGAAGAGACACCCGAAAAGAUUUUAACCAUUCCAUUGGAUAUAGGCAAACCCAUAUCGGAGAGCACUUUGAUCAAGGUUGCCAAAUUUCUGGAAUUCAAAGGCGAUGCCAUUAAACGUUGUGCCGAUGAGAUACAGAAGCUAUAUACACUUUUCAAAUCGGUCGAUGCUGUCCAAAUUGAAAUCAAUCCUUUAGCCGAGACUGACAAAGGAGAGGUAAUCUCUGUGGAUGCCAAACUCAAUUUCGAUGAUAAUGCACAAUUCAGGCAAAAGGACAUCUUCGAUCUAGACAUCACCGAAGAGGAAUCCGAUCCCCGCGAAGUUGAGGCAUCUAAAUAUAAUCUCAAUUAUGUGGCCAUGGAUGGUAAUAUUGGUUGUUUGGUCAAUGGCGCUGGAUUGGCCAUGGCCACAAUGGAUAUCAUCAAAUUGAAUGGUGGUGAACCGGCCAAUUUUCUAGAUGUCGGCGGCGGUGUCAAAGAGGAUCAAGUGGCCAAGGCAUUUGAGAUUCUAACCGCCGAUCCCAAGGUCAAAGGCAUCUUGGUAAAUGUAUUCGGCGGCAUUGUCAAUUGUGCAACCAUAGCCAAUGGCAUAGUGGCUGCCUCUAAGAAAUUGAAACUAAGUGUUCCACUUGUUGUGCGUCUGGAGGGAACCAAUGUCACCAAAGCUCGAGAGAUUUUGAAGAAUUCCGGUCUACCCAUACAGACGGCCGCAGAUUUAGAUGAUGCUGCGCAUAAGGCAGUAGCUGCCCUCAAUUGAGUGGGCAAACGCUUAAAAGAUUACGUUAAAAGUCUUCCCUACCAUUUUCCGGACGCACAGUGUUUAGCAUUUAUAUGGAACAGGACAAAUGAACGAUAAUAUAUCAGACUUUUUCCUUUUAAAAUUAAGUUUCUAUUUUUAUUUUUGGAAUGAAUUAUAAAUGUUAUAUAUAUAUAUACGUAAAACCAAUGA